UUUCUAGACCCGCCCCUGGGUGGCGCGUGUGUCAGGUUAGUAUUAGGGACAGGGAUUCAGAUGUCUCAUUCUCAUAUAGAGCUCUUAGUAAGCAGUAGCAGUAGAUUCAGAGGACACCGGGUUUGUUCAACAGGCGCAGGGAUGCCCGAUGCUGGAACAAACAUGGGUACGGACAGCGGGAGGAUUUUCGGGAUGAAAGCUAAGGCUCUCGUAGCCACAGAAAACAUUUAUCCUUCGUCUCUAAACAACGGUCCUCCAGCUGACAUCCUCCGAAACUUUUACCACACGAAAAGAGUUGGGAAUUAUCUGAUCGGGAGGAAGCUGGGAGAGGGGUCGUUCGCCAAAGUGCGAGAGGGGCUUCAUGCGACCACCGGCGAGAAGGUCGCGGUGAAAGUGAUUGACAAGAGAAAGGCCAAAAAGGAUUCGUAUGUCACAAAGAACUUGCGGCGUGAAGGACAGAUUCAGCAGAUGAUCCGACACCCACACAUCACCCAACUGCUGGACAUCCUGGAGACGGAGAACAGCUACUACCUCGUCAUGGAGCUCUGCCCUGGUGGAAACCUCAUGAACCACAUUUAUGAGAAGAAAAGGCUGGAUGAAAAAGAAACGCAGAAAUACGUACGCCAGCUAGUCAUGGCAGUGGAGCAUCUGCACAGGGCAGGAGUUGUUCACAGAGACUUGAAGAUUGAAAACCUCUUACUUGACGAACAGGACAACAUAAAACUGAUCGAUUUUGGCCUCAGUAACUGUGCGGGAAUUCUGGGAUACUCUGAUCCCUUCAGCACACAGUGUGGCAGCCCAGCAUACGCCGCACCAGAGCUUCUCUCAAGGAAGAAAUAUGGGCCCAAAGUGGAUGUCUGGUCAAUAGGGGUGAACAUGUACGCCAUGCUGACUAAUACCCUACCAUUCACUGUGGAGCCAUUUAGCCUGAAAGCUCUGCAUCAGAGGAUGGUGGACAAAGAUAUGGACCCUCUACCUCCAUCUAUCUCUUCAGCUGCCGUCAAUCUGCUGAAGAGACUGUUAGAGCCUGACCCCGACAAGAGACCCAACAUCCACCAAGUGAUGACCGACUCGUGGCUGCAGUUGGGCAACCCUCACACUGGAGUUCCUUACUUAAAUGGAAUCCACAUUGAGGAUAUCAAUCAUACGGUUCUGCUCCACAUGACUGAAAAAAUGGGCUACAAACACAGUGAGGUGCUGAGUGCGGUGCUCACUAACAAAACUUGCCACACGCUGGCUGUCUACUUCCUCCUCAACAACAAAAUGAAGAGACUCUCAAAAGAGUACAGGGAGAAACAGUACAACAUGCAGAAAGAGAAAAAGAGCGAGCUGUUUCAGACCCAGGGGAGGAAGCACAUUGAGAAGAUCACGAUUCCACCCAAGCAGACACCCGUCUAUCUCGCUGUGAGCCCCACCAAGGAAAAGAAACAAAGAACUGGUCUUCUGAAAGCUGUGACUGGAGGUUUUAAAGAUGUUUACUCAGGACGUGGUGGUUGCAUCACGUCCUCCUCUAUGGUGCUGGAGAUCCACCCCCUGUUCCCGAACAACCCGCAGCCAGCCCAUCCUACACCCGAGACCCAGCCGCCCCAGAAAGAUAGCUCCAAAUAAUCCCCAAAAGCUGUCAACAUCCUCGCUCGCCCAGCUUCCUCCCUCGGCGCUCAUUCCUGGGCUUCCGCAAGCAAGAAACCAAGCAAAGAAGCUCCUCCAUCACCAUGGUACAAACUGACCAACGGAGCACUUUCUCCGCCUCGACACAUUUCUGCUUUUCAAAUAGAUCUUGAGGUAACAAAGCCUCAGGUCAGGACAGUAGACACUGAAAGCCAAGUUCACAUGCAGCAGCACAUUCAACAGGCUUCUAGUCUAAGUGCCAUGUAG